AUGACCUUAAAUAAUGCUGUUCCUUUGCUUUUCUUUUGUAUCCUUGCAGUUUCUCUCUCAUCAUCGUCGGUUCAGGGACGGCCAGCCUCUUUUCUCGAUGAUUUUAGAAUCACCUGGUCGUAUUCCCAUAUUAAGCAAAGCGAUGGAGGGAGGGCCAUCCAACUUAUUCUAGACCGAAAUUCAGGCUGUGGAUUUGCUUCCAAAAGUAAGUAUUUGUUCGGACGUGUCAGCAUGAAGAUCAAGCUCGUUGCUGGCGAUUCCGCCGGAACAGUUGCCGCCUUUUACAUGAAUUCGGAUACGAAUACUGUAAGAGACGAGUUAGAUUUCGAGUUCUUGGGAAACCGAACCGGCCAGCCGUAUACUGUCCAAACCAACAUCUACGCUCAUGGAAAGGGUGACAGGGAACAAAGGGUUAACCUUUGGUUCGAUCCUGCAGCAGAUUUCCAUACGUACUCAAUUAUGUGGAACCAUCACCAUAUUGUGUUCUACGUUGAUGAAGUGCCCAUCAGAGUUUACAAGAACAAUGAAGCUAAAAAUAUUCCAUAUCCAAAGCUUCAGCCAAUGGUAGUGUAUUCGACGCUUUGGGAAGCUGAUGAUUGGGCAACGAGGGGAGGACUGGAGAAAAUCGAUUGGAGCAAAGCUCCUUUCUUGGCUUAUUACAAGGACUUCGACAUCGAAGGUUGUGCUGUCCCAGGGCCAGCAAGUUGUGCCUCGAACCCUAGGAACUGGUGGGAGGGCACUGCUUAUCAAGCCCUAACUGCUAUGGAAGCUAGAAGAUACAGGUGGGUUCGUUUGAACCACAUGAUAUAUGAUUACUGCACCGACAAGUCCCGGUACCCAGUUCCUCCGCCGGAGUGCAUAGCCGGCAUCUGAAAUCCUAUCCAAAUCAACUGUCGUGAAGA